AUGUCAAAGAUCCCUAUCCGGUCUACGCCAUCCAAAACCCGAUUAUCUACCCCUGGACUACACCGAGCAGUGCCAAAGUCAAUUGAAAGUCGAGGGACGGCAUAUACCCAAAGACUGGCAGUAAUUGUGUGGUGGCAAGCAGACAGCACCGGUGCCUCGAACGAUGCAGCGACAUUAGCCAAUACUUUAACGGACUGUUUGGGAAUCACACCCGUUCUACUCGAGCUUCAGACCAACGAUGAAUAUCCAGGGUGGACUCUGCUGGAGAAUAUUACAAAUAUGAUUCGGGAAAACCACUCCACGACAAGGUCCACCCUUUUUUUCUUUGCCUAUAUCGGCCAGGGUGCAACCAAUGCACAUGGAGAUCUUGUGUUCUCCUCCAUGAACAACAUGUCAUUUCGCUGGAACCUACUCGCAGAGACGGUGUUUAGCUCUGACUCUAAUUUGAACGAAAUGGACAGCUUCGUGUUACUAGAUUGCUGUCAUGGGAGCAUGAGCCCAUCUCGCUUUCAAGGACCGCGAGCUAUGCAGAUACUUGCAGCUUGUGAGCCAGGCAAGAUUCCCAAACCUAGAGCCAAUGGAAUCAAAUGUGCACAGCGAUUCUGUCAACUCGUACACAGCCGCCAAAAUCAAGGAAAACGACUGGUUUCGGUUGACGAGAUUGCCAAAGAGAUGGUUGCAAAAACCUCGCCUCGAGGGCCAACUCCUCGCUUUCUUUCAUUCGGAGAUACAAGACCAAUAGUUCUCCCGAUUCAACAUGGCCCCGUGGUUGGACUUGCUUUCUCAACACCCUUGAGCCCUAGGAGCCACCGGAAGCAAACACAGGGGAUCGCAAAGCUCACCGUUGUCGGCUCUGACGUACAAGCAACGGACGAUUUAGUUGCUACAAUUGAGGAUAUCACGGAAGACUUUCAAAUCAAGCUGAUGGAUGAGCAUGCGGCGGGUGAAGAACAUCAAUUGUGUUUUGUCGAAAGUCCUGGAGAGUCUGCGAACACCUUCAGGCUAUCUACGACUCCGAGCCCGUCACCAGAGUAA